GCUGGUGGCAAGGCGGGAAAGGACAGCGGGAAGGCCAAGGCCAAGGCCGUGUCGCGCUCACAGAGAGCCGGGCUGCAGUUCCCCGUGGGCCGGAUCCACAGACACCUGAAGACUCGCACCACCAGCCACGGGCGAGUGGGUGCCACCGCUGCCGUCUACACCCCCACCGCGGGUCGGUUGGGUGCCACCGCUGCCGUCUACAGCGCCGCCAUCCUCGAGUACCUCACUGCCGAGGUGCUGGAGCUGGCGGGCAACGCUUCGAAGGAUCUGAAAGUCAAGCGGAUCACUCCCCGUCACUUGCAGCUGGCGAUCCGUGGCGAUGAAGAGUUGGAUUCCCUGAUCAAAGCCACCAUCGCCGGUGGAGGUGUCAUCCCCCACAUCCACAAGUCUCUGAUUGGAAAGAAGGGACAACAAAAAACGGCGUAG